AGUGUAACGUGUUGUGCAGAUCAGUGCUAGGCCUUGCAGAGAGCGAAAUCGUCAGCUGGCGAAGGACGAUUAGCUUUUCUCUUCGCGCCAUUUGUCUGCAGAUAAAAACCGGCGGGAUAUAGGUGUUUCUCUGUAGUGUGCCAACACAAGAAGACAUUCUAUCUGCCAUAUCGGUUGAGAAGUGUAACCCGAGACUUGAAGACCCUCUUUCUCCGGGUGUUCGAGCAUCAGACUAUCGAGUGUGUUUUAUUUUUUAUUUUUUUUUGUUUCGGACGGAAGGUGUUUAUGUGUUUUCAUUCACGGCGGAAGUUGUGCGGCGAUGACGUCGGCUGUCACGUGGCCAUUCCGGAAAUGAUUCCAACGUGACGGUGGCGAUGGGAGACGACAUCCUUUGCUGCCCCAUUGGGUGAUAUGAAGGAGUACGGUUUAUGAAGAUUGUCAUGGCAACUGCUAUGGAAAGACAUAUUCAACAGACUAAUGAAAGAUUACAGUGUAUAAAAGAGGCCCUAAAUUCUUCUUCUGGUUUCCAAAGUGCUGCUCGAGAAUUACUAGAGUGGUGUGGUGACGCUCGAGCCUUUCAGAAAGUAUUCGAAAACAAUUUAAUCGGCUGUUUAACGGUCGUUAGUCGUGUAGCCACACAACGCGGGUUCGAUCUCGAUUUGGGCUAUCGACUGCUCGCAGUUUGUGCCGCUCAGAGAGACAAAUUAUCCCCUAAAUCUGCAGCUUUACUUUCGGUUUGGUGUGAAGAGUUAGGCCGUUUGCUUCUACUGCGGCAUCAGAAGUGCCGCACGGGUGGAGAAAGUCCUAAUAAACAGACAGGUGCGAUGUAUCAACCCCUCCAGAAGAACCUUCCGCCUCAGAGGUAUGGACCAAAUCCUUCAAAUGUUGGGAAUGGCAUGGGUGGUGCAAUGCCAAAUGCAGGAGGAAAUGGAGAUUUUCAAAAUCCUCACAAUGCUCUCAGUGCUGCCGCUCUGGUUGCUGCAGCAGCAACAGCUACAGCAACAGCAACAGCUAGUGUUGUUGCUCUUCAAGAAAGGCAGCAGCAAGAGGUAGUUAUGAAUAAUCAGUACAGUCAGAUGCAGGGAAUGCAGAACCAACAGUUUCAACCAGGUUAUGGUCCUCCUGCACCACAACGUGUACCUUCCAAUCCUGGAAUGACAAAUCCACUUAAUACUCCAUUAGGAACUCCAAUGGCAGGUGCAAUGUCUAAUCAGAUGCCUGGAAAUAUGAAUUCUGUAAACAAUGCAAUGAUGGGAAUGCCUAAUUCUAUGAAUUCUGUUAAUUCCCAAAUGUCUAUGAAUGGACCUAUGAACAUGAAUAAACCUAUGAUGCAUGGUCUUCAGAAUAUGGCUGGACCUGGCCAGCAGACACCAGGAAUGUAUCCUGGAGCAACUACUGGAAUGGGUGGACAAGUUCGUGGCCGAUCUGCACCAUAUCCCAGUCCUCAACAAAUAUCUCAAAAGAGAGCAGCACAAUAUAAUCACGUUGCCCAAUCUUAUAGCCCUGCAAUGCAAGGUUAUGGACCAGGAACACAACAGGGUUAUGCACCAAUGCAGUAUUCUGGUGGUCAAGCUCAAUUUGCUAAACAAUAUGGGCCAACAAUGCAGCAGCAAACUAUGGCUUCGAACAAUUACCUCUCUCAACAACAAAUGCGUCCUACUAUGAGACAGAGUGCACCUCCUUAUGCUGGACAGGCUGGCCAGUAUUAUCAGCAAAGUCAAAUGAAUGGUGCAUCCCAGCAGGCUCAGUAUGACCCUACUUAUGGUUCUCAGUAUCCACAGCAAAAUAUGCAAAGGAACAUGAAUUAUCAACCAUCUCCUAUACCAGGAAAUCCCACCCCACCUUUGACACCAGCAUCUGGCGUACCACCUUAUUUAUCUCCUAAUCCUGAUCUCAAACCAACAUUUCCUGACAUUAAACCACCAAUCCCACCCCCAAAAGAUGAUGAAUUACGUCUGACAUUCCCGGUUCGUGACGGAAUUAUUUUAUCACCCUUUCGAUUGGAACACAAUCUGGCAGUGAGCAAUCAUGUCUUCCACCUAAAGCAAUCUGUGCAUCAAACAUUAGUAUGGCGAACAGACUUAGAACUCCAGUUGAAAUGUUUUCACCAUGAAGAUAGACAGAUGAAUACCAAUUGGCCUGCAUCAGUGCAAGUAUCUGUUAAUGCAACUCCUCUUAGUAUUGAUCGUGGAGAAAACAAGACAUCUCACAAGCCUCUGUAUUUAAAAGAAGUUUGUCAACCUGGUCGCAAUACAAUUCAGAUUACGGUUACGGCUUGUUGUUGUUCACAUCUGUUCUUACUCCAACUUGUACACAGACCAACAGUACGUUCUGUGUUACAAGGUUUGUUACGUAAACGAUUACUUCCUGCGGAACACUGCAUCGCCAAAAUAAAACGUAACUUUACUAGUGUUGCUGCUUCAAACAAUAGUGCUUUAAAUGGAGAAGAUGGUGUAGAGCAGACUGCUAUUAAAGUAUCCCUUAAAUGUCCUAUAACAUUUAAGAGAAUAACUUUGCCAGCCAGAGGACAAGACUGCAAACAUAUCCAAUGCUUUGAUUUAGAAUCCUAUCUUCAAUUAAACAGUGAUAGAGGUGCAUGGAGAUGCCCAGUGUGCAAUAAACCAGCAUUGUUAGAAGGUUUAGAAGUAGAUCAGUAUAUAUGGGGCAUAUUAACAAAUCUAAGUAAUUCGGAUGUUGAAGAAGUUACAAUUGAUGCCUCUGCCAGUUGGAAACCAGUAUCUAUGAAGACGAUAAAAGAAGAACAUGAUGGAGAAUCCAUGUGUAGUGGACAAAAGCGAUUCAAAGCUAUGUCUCCAAACAGUAUGACCAUGCCUACAACAAGUAGUUGGGAAAUGGGACAAGGACUUUCUCCUUAUAAUCCUAUUCCUCCUCCUGAUAUGCAAAGUAUUGCAAAUGGUUCUGUAUCCAAUGGUCCUAUGAUGCCCAACGGAAUGAGUUUUGGGAACAGCGGGUUUGAUUUCCAGUCUCAGACAUCAGAUUUUGGCAGCCCACUCUCACAUCUGAAUGAAAGUGUGGCAUCUCUUGAUCCACUGGCUGCUAUGGAAAAGUCAUUAAAUCAUCAUGAACAGGUUAGUUAAAGCUGAAAAAAAAUA